AUGGCUGUCCAUUUCAGUACCGAAGAGUGGUUGCUGCUGGAUCCCAGCCAGAAAGCCCUGCAUCGAAAAGUCAUGUUGCAAAUGUUUGCGAUGGUGGCCUCUUUAGGAUGCAGAAAUCCUUAUAAAUGUGUGGACCGUGGUAAAAGGUUCAGUGAGAAGAAUUCCUUUACUUCCCAUAGAAGGAUUCAUACUGGAAAAAAACUCUUUAAAUGCAUAGAGCAUGGCAAGAGCUUCAGCACUAGUAGUUACCUGAUAUGCCAUAGAAGGAUCCAUUCAGAGGAAAACCUGUAUAAAUGCAUAGAGUGUGGAAAAAGCUUCUGGACAAACAUUUCUUUUACUAAGCAGAAAUUGAUCCAUGCGGGAGAGAAACCCUUUAAAUGCAUAGAGUGUGGGAAGAGCUUUAGGCAAAGUGGUGUCCUUGCUUCCCAUAAAAGGAUCCAUACAGGAGAGAAACGGUAUAAAUGCAUGGAGUACUGUGGAAAAACCUUCAGGAUUAACACUUCUUUUACUAAGCAUAAAGUGAUCCAUACGGGAGAGAAACCUUAUAAAUGCCUAGAGUGCGGGAAGAACUUCAGGCAAAGUGGUGACCUUGCUUCCCAUAAAAGGAUUCAUAUGGGAGAGAAAUCCUAUAAGUGUAUUGAGUGUGUCAAGAGCUACAGAAAUAGUGAUCAACUGACCUCCCACAAAAGGAUCCAUUCAGGUGAAAAACCUUAUAAAUGCACAGAGUGUGGAAAGACUUUUCCUGACAGUGGCUAUCUGACUUACCAUAAAAGGACCCACACAGGAGAAAACUGUAUAAAUGCCUGGAAUGUGGAAAGAGCGUCAGUGAGAACCGUGCACUUACUUCCCAUAACAGGAUCCACAUGGGAGAGAAAUUGUAUGUAUGCAAUGAAUGUGGGAAGAGUUUGAGUUCAAGCAGCUUCCUUACUUACCACAUUAGUUCCCACACACGGAAGAAAUUCCAUCAGAGCACAGAAUGUGGGAAGAGCUUCAGAUUACAAAAACACCUUAGUUCCCAUAAGAGGAUCCACACAGGAGAGAAAUGUUUGCAAUG